AUGAGUGAAGAAAUAUAGGCAAUGAAAUAAUUGGUGUCUUAAGUGGAUAAGUUAAAGACAGCCAAAAGUGAAUAGUAAUAUGAACCGAUACUGCAAGCUUUAUAAAGAGUAGAGUAGUAUAUGGAAGGGACAGUCACAGCAGAUGGACGAUAAUAUUUGCCAGAGUUAGUAAAUAUUUGUGUGAAUUUCAUCAUCAAUCAUAAAGCUUAUCCAGAUAGAAUUAUUUUCAAUAUAGAGUCAUUCAUAAAGUCUGUAUUGAAAUACAUUUCUAAUAAUCUCUAAGAUGAGAAGGUAAGUUAAAUGUUUAGGACUAUAAUGGAUCCUUCUCGUAUGAUUUAUGAGCAUAAUGUACAUCGUACUGAAUGGCAUGAUCAAGUAAUCUAUUGAAUAAAGUUAGUUCAUUAAAUAUUCUUACUCACUCAAUCCUUAAUAUAAGUAAUUCAUAGACCAACUUUAAGAAGGCACUUAUAUAGAUUGUCUGCGUCUCUGUCGUAGUACAGCCAGAUUAAAUUGGUCAAGAGGAAUAGUAGAAGAACGCAUUGAGGAUAGCAUAAAGGUUAGAUAUUUAAACGAUUAAUCUGUGAAACAUAUUUACAAUAUAAGAAGUGGUAAUCUCAUGCCAUAUAGAACUCGUUCUCAAAGAUUAGAUCAAAUGUUUAAUCUUUAAGUAGGUUAGGUGAUUUUAGCAACUCAAUCAGAUAAAUGGGUGUUGAGUACAAUUUAGGAACGUCUAGAGUAAAAAGAUAUUGAAUCAAUCGUUAAAUAUAAUGUGGCAUUUCGUUUUUAUACAGAAGAUGGAAAUUCUAUAGAAGAUGGAUCUUAGAUGAAAUAUAUUGGUUAUAAUAGACAUCAUGAUGAAGAAAUUACUGCAUGUCAUCCUCGAUUGGCACUUUGUAGUGAUCAUAUUGUAAGGAAAUUCAACUCAAUUGAAUAAUAUAUUGAUGAUAGUUAUGAUAUCCUAUAUGAAUAAGAUUAUCUUGAAGAUAAAUUUUAUGCUAUAUUAAGACCUAAACAAUCAAAGAGUUUUCUUUUAAUUCAAUUCAUUAAUCAUUUUGGUUAUUUAGGAGGAUUUGAAAAGAUACUCAAUAUUUAAUCAGUUGAUAUUUUAGCCAAUUAUAUGUCUGCUAUUGGCAACAUUCAUGCAUAAUUGUUUAGAUUUUUUUGUUAAGAAUAUGUACCAAAAUUAUAGGGUUUAAGACAAACUUUACUUCAUUCUGAUGAAUAAACCUUAAGAAAUAUGGGUAGAGAAAAAAUGAAUCUUAUUAUUUAAGCAUUCAAAGUACUCUUAGAUAGAAUUAUGAAUGAAGAUCAAAGGAGAGAAUGGCUUUAAAAGUUGAGUUUGGAAUUUGUAUAGGUAUGCUUUAAUUGUAAUUUCUUGGAUAAAAAAAUUAUGGGCUUAAAAUUAUUGACUGAUAUGUUAAAGUAAGCUAGUAUUGAUAAAGGUGCUUAGACUGUUUUAUAAUGGAUUGAUUCUGAGAAUAUUAUGGAAACAUUAUUUCAUCAUAAUACUCAUCUUUAAUUACUAGAGAGAACUAAAGAAUUAAUUAGAAUUUAUUUAAAUAUUGAUAAUGCAUUUACAGCCAAACAUAUGUCUAUGAUUUGGGAAUUAAUGCAAUAAAAUGAUAAUGAAUUGAGACCAAUCAUUUUUAAAUUAAUAAAUGAAAUUGCUUUUUCAAUGAGAGAUUAUCAUGUGAUUUACUUUAUGGAAUAAAUUAAAUAAUUGAAAUAAGAUUAAAUAUUGUUAGAACAUGUUUAAUUAUUAUAUGAAAUGAAUAGAUAUUAAAUUAAAAAUUAGGAAUUGAUAUGUUCAACAAUUGAUACAUUAUGGAGAAUAAUUGAAUAUGCUGGUUAAUCAUAAAAAUAGACUUUAGAGGAUAAAUCAAGGUAAUAUCUUUGUGAUUUGAUUAAGAAUCUAGAAAUUAAAGAAAUUAAAGUAUAAAUGGUAUAAAAAUUAAUGACAAAUAUAUAAUAAAUGAAAGUAGAAAGUUCAUCAAUUAAAAUAUUAUCUCAUUUAAUAUGUUCAUUUCCAUAAAAACAAUAAUAAUAAUAAUAAUAAUAAUAAUAAUAAUAAUAAUAAUAAUAAUAAUAAUAAUAAUAAUAAUAAUAAUAAUAAUAAUAAUAAUAAUAAUCAGAUGAUAAUGUAGAAUCAUAACCUAAUUAAGUUAUGACGUAUCCUAUAAUAUAGAACAAUGAAAAUAAAUUGUUAGCAUAAAAAAUUAAAGAAGAAAUUCGAUAAUUUAUGAAUCCUGAAAAUAAAGUACAAGAAAUCACUUAAGAUGAAUUUGUUAAAGAACUUAUUCAAUAAUCUAAUAUAAAUCAUAUAUUAAGAUAAAAUAUUGAGAAUCUUCGUAAUUAAAAUAGAGGCAUUAAUGCAGAGAAUUUACAAGAAUCAGCACGAUAUAUGAAUAAAUUAUAAGAAAGAAUUCUAUUAAUAAAUACUUUAACUAAGAUAAAUGGCACAGCUGCAGAUAUCAUAGAUUAAUAAUUCUUAGAUCUGAUUUGGAAUGAAUUAAUUUUAAGACCUAUUUGUAAAUAAGAAUGUGAUAUGGCUAGCCUUUGGUUAAGAGAUUUAGUAGAGAAAGAUGAAUAAUUUAGUCAUACUUAAUUAGAUACAUUUUAUUAAAGAUUGUUAAAUUCAGAUUCACAUCUCACUGAAAGUGCAUUUAAUUGUUUUUAGGCAAUAUUAUAUUAUAUGAAUCAAAAAGAGUAUCGAUUACAUAGAUAAUAAUCAAAUAUAAAUUAAAAUUGUGAUCAAUAUGGAAAUGUGAUAAUUAUGACAAAUACAAAUGUUAAUGAAAAUGAUUAGUAAAUAGAAUUGAGUCUAUUAGUAGAUGUGAAUUAAAUUAUAGGAAUUGAAUACUUAUGGCAUAUAGUAUUUAAUUCUCAACUAGAUAAAGCAGUUUAAUUAUUAGUGAAAUUGAAUUUAUCAUAAUAAGAACAAUUUAUAGAGAAGAUUGUAGAUAGGAUGGAUUGUACAAAUGAAUAAACUAUACUUAAAUGUUUAGAAGUACUAAGAACUUUAUUGAAUGAAACAGAGACAAAAGGUGUUGGAUCCUUACUUUCAUUGGAUGGAUUAGUUAAGGGUGAUGCAUUUAGUAUAAAUAUUAUAAAUGACAUGGGAGAUGGGGCACCAAGUAAUAGAAUAACUAUAAAGGUGUAUUCUAGAAUGACUAUGUUUGAAUUGAGAAGAGUGAUAGCAAAAGAGUUAUAGACAAGUUGGGAAUAAGUGAAAUUAGUAAGAAAUGGAGUAACAGUAUAAGAUACAGAUAAUGGUAAGACAUUGAAAUAGAUGAAUGUUAGAAAGAGUGAAGUGAUUAAUGUUUACAGAAGAAAGACAAAACCAAUUCCUUAAGUACCUUUAGUUGAGGAUAACAAAUUAUCAUCUAAAUUUAUUAAAGUUUUACAUUAGUUAUUUGAAUUAUAUUCAACAGAUGGUAAAAUGAAUUCAGAGUAACUAUCUAGUUUUGGAGUGAAGGCUGCUAAUGAUGAGAGUUUUAAAGAUGGAAGGAAAAUUAAAGAAGUUUUGGAUUAGUAUGGUUAAUAGAAAGAUUAUUUAUCAAUUGAAAAUUUUAUUUCUUUUUAUGAAAAUUGUUGUAUUCAAUAAAAGAUUACAUCUAUAGUAUGGAAGAAUUUACAUUCAUUUGGUUAUAAGAAUGAUUUAACAUUAUUAGAAAAUGAUGAAGUUGAUUUAGAUGAACACAAAUUACCUCGUUAUUAAUUGGCUCAUAAUGAAAGAUUUUAUAAAUUGAUGUUUCAAUUUAUUAAUCAAAGUGAUUAAGUAGCUUAAGAAUGUUGGAAAUUAUUGUGUUCUUUACCUGUUUUUGAAGCAGCUAAAUAAAGAAUACUUAAUUUUGAAGAUUUCACAAAAGAUAGAUCUUAUUAAUUAAUAUAUUCAAUUAAAAUUAUUGAGCAUCUUCUUUAUACAGAAGAAUAUUGUAAAAACUUUGUUAAAUAUGGAGGAUUCAUAUAAUUAUAAAUGAUUUUAAAUAAUUUAGAAUAAGAAAAUAUUAAAAUUGUUAAAUUGGUACAAUGUUUGAUAUUAAAUAUUCUCAGUCGACAUAUUGCUGCUUAAUUCUAACCAAAAUUUAAUAAUAUAUAUCAAAUUCAAUAACAUGUCAAAUAACCAAUUUAAGCAACAUUUGAUAUCAUUGCUUAAUUAAUUGAUGGCACUUAUCCAUCAUCAGCUGACAACAAACCUUUAUUAAGAGUUAAAGAGACUGAAGAAUUCUUAGAAUUAGUUAAGUUUAUGAAUGGUUUAGAUAUACAAUUAGAUUAUGUUCAUUUACUAAAAUACUUAAUUAAUAUGUAAGUUGAUAUUACAGAAGAUAGAUUUAUAAUUGAAUUUGCUUUAAUAUUAAUCACUACAAUAGUAGGAUAUAAUUUGGGUAAUUGUUAUGAUUACUUUGUUAAUUCAAUCCAAUCAAUUAAAUAACGUUAUGAAUAAUUGUUAUAUGCUCCUAAAUAAUUAUUAAUAAGAAAAUUUGCAGGAAAUUCUUUAUAUUUGAUAUUCAAAUGUUAAAAUCAAUUAGGAAAUACUUUAAUCAAUAUUUUAAUAGAAUUAUUCCCAAAAAAUGAAAACAAGGAUUCUUAAUCUUAUUUUGAUUUAUUAGCAAAAUUAAUUUAAGAAUCAAAAUAUAGUGAUAGAUAAUUUGCAGAUAAUAUCAUUACAUAAUUAAAAGAAUAUGAACCAGUAGAAUCAAGAAUUGGAUUUACAUCUGAUAAAACUCUUACAGGUCUAUUGUCAAUUUUAGAAAGUUUGAGUAUUGUGGAUUAAAGUAUAUUAACAUAAUAAUUGAUCAUGUACUUAUAUCAAGUUCAUUUAUUUUGUUUCCAUUUAAAUACAUUUUAACUUACACCCUAAAAAUAAUAUACUCCAGAUUAUGUAAAGAGUAAAUCUCCAGAGAGUAGGAAAAUUGUUUAUAGAAUAAUUAUAUUGUAUUUAAAAUAGAAUUACAAUCCUGAGAUGUUGGAUUUAAAUAUAAUAAUAUAUUAGAUAAUGAUUUUUAAUGGAUUUGAUAUAAAAUUAAAUCCAAAAACAUAUCAUGGUUUUGUUGGUAUUCGUAAUUUGGGAUGUAUUUGUUAUAUGAAUGCAAUGAUGCAGUAAUUCUUUAUGACUCCUGAAUUUAGAUACAGUAUGUUGAGAGCUGAAGAUGGUGUUGAAACAAAAGUCAUUCAAUACAAAGAUAAUCAAGGUCUUGAACAUUAAAUAGAUGAUAAUUCUAUUCAUUAAUUCUAGAGAUUACUUGCUUAUUUGGAAUUAAGUGAAAGACCUGAUUUUAAUCCUUAACAUUUUUGUUAUUCAUUUAAGGAUUAUGAUAAUCAACCAGUUAAUGUUUCUUUAUAAUAAGAUGCUUAGGAAUUCUUAAAUCAAUUUUUUGAUCGUUUAGAUAAUUAAUUAAAGAAUAAAGGAUGGUAACAAUUUAUUGAAUCUAUUUAUGGUGGUUAGACUUGUAGUUAAAUGAUAUGUAAUGGAUGCAAAAAUAUGAGAGAGAAAUUUGAUCUUUUUUAUACUCUUUCAGUAAAAGUUAAAGGUGUUAAAUCAAUUCAUGAAUCAUUUGAAAGUAUGAUAAAUGGAGAAGUCAUUAAAGAUUAUUAUUGUGAAUAAUGCAAAUAGAAAAAUGAUCUUAUUAAACGUCAAUGUUUACAAACCUUACCUAAUGUAUUGAUAGUACAUAUACAAAGGAUUGUUUUUAAUUUAGAUAUAUUCAUGAAUGAAAAAUUAAGUACUCGUUUAGAAUUCCCACAUAAUCUUAAUCUAUAAUAAUAUACAAGAGAAGGAUUAUUAAAUUAAGAUAUUAAAUAAUAAUCAUAUUAUUAAUAUAAAUUAAAAGGAGUAGUAGUUCACAAAGGAACAGCUUAAUAUGGACAUUAUUAUAGUUUGAUUAAUACUAAGGAUGAGAAAUGGUUAAAAUUUAAUGAUUCUGUAAUUGAAGAUUUUGAUGUUAAAAGAUUACCACAUGAAUGUUAUGGAGGCAAAGAUACUGAAGAUGCUUAAGAUUUUCAAGAGUCUGGUAGUAGUACUAAUGCAUACAUUUUAGUCUAUGAGAGAAUCCAAAAAGAAUAAGUAGAAUUGAAUUUUACUGAUCUAUAAUAAAAAUAAGAGAUUAUGUAGAAAUUUGAAAGUGUUAUUUAAGAAGAGAAUAAUGAAGAGUUAUCAUAUAAAUUAGAUUAUAAGACAAUGACUCAAUAACAUAUACCAGAUUCUUUAUAUUAAGAAAUUUGGCAUGAUAAUCAUAGAUUUAUGAUGGAAAGACAUAUUUAUAGUGAAGAAUUCUUUAGGUUUGCUAAAGAUAUAGGAGAAGCUUUUCCAUACCCUAAAGAUUAUACUUUAAUCACAAAUCCAGAAUAAAUACCUUAAUAUUUUGGCAUUUAUAAUAAUUAUUAGGAUAUAAAGGAAAACUAAAAGAUUUUAUCAUUGUUAUCCAAUAUGACAUAUAUAGCAAUUGAAUUAAUUGCUAGAUCAUAUGAUCAUUCCACUAUUAAAAAUUAUGUACUUAUUAUAAUGAAUCUCAUUAAUAUUAUACCAACAUGUGCUUUUUCAGUUUUUAAUGAAUUAAUAGUCAAUCGUUAAUAAAGAGUUUUUAAUGUAUUAUUAUGUGCUCCUGAUUACACUAUAAGAUAAGCAAUAUAAUAAAUUCUAUUGCAUUAUGUUAAUGUAAUCACUUAUAUACAUGCAUUUUCUUUAGACACUGAAUAAUUAUAAGUAUUAUAACCAGAAAAUAGAACAGUAAGUUGCGAUUAAAUUAUGAUGAGAUUCUUAUUAGAUUUAAUAUAGAAAUUAUAAAAUGAUGUUGCUAAAAAUCCUACUAAAUUCACUUAUUACUUUACUUUUUGGAGGGAUUUUGUUAAAUCUUCAAUUACUAAUGUUAAAUUUGCUUGUUAAAUAGAAUUAGUUUCUAUUUUUGCUGAUUUCUUUAUGGAAAAAUAAUCUCCUUAAGGAUUAUAAAAAACAUAAUUUUAUGAAUUCAUUUAGGAUAAGAAAAUUACAAUGGCUAGUAAGAUGGUUAUCCCAUUCUAUUCAUAACUAUUUUAAUGUAUACAAUAUUUAUUGUAAAACUAAUAUUAUGUUUUAUCUAAAAAUGAUAUGAUAUGUCUCUAAACUUAAAUCUUUUAUAAAAGAGCUUUAACAGAAUGUUAAGAUUUCGAAACAGUUAAAUUGAUCAUAUAAAGAAUGGUAUUCGAUAAUGAACCUCUAUCUAGAUCUGUAAUUGAAGUAUUGUUAGAAGAAAUCAACAAAGCUAAUUAUGAAAUUAUUGGAUAGUAUUUAGGUUUAGCCUACAAUCUACUUAAUAUUUAUGAUGCUUAUCAAUAAGAACGUAUUGAAUGGUUAUUUGGUUUUCCAGAACCUAAUUAUUAAGAUAAGUAUACAACUGGUUGUCCAACUAAUUUAUCUUAUCAAAGCAUAAUUUACUAAUCUCAUAUAGGUUCUUAAAAUGAUAACCUUUCCAUUUUAAAUUUGUUAUUUGAAAAUUAAAAAAGAUUUUAAAAUGUAGCUAUCUAAAUGAUGAAAAUGAUAUUAGCUGCUGCUAAUGCAAAUAAAUUAGUAUUUUCUUAUUUGGUUAAUCUUCCACCACCAUGUUAUCUAUAUUCUAAAUAUACAGAUUGGUUUGAAGGAUUUCUAAAUGAAUUUUUAGAUGAUUGUAAAAAGUAUCCUGUUAUAGCAACAACUAUAUUUUUCAAUAAAUAAAAAGAAGUUGAAGAAACUUUCUAAUUAUGGCAAUAAUUUAAAAAUUAUUAUUCUUAAGUUACAGAAAUUGGUUUAUAUGAUCCUAUUCAACCAAUCUAUAUUUUAGGUAAUACUAUUCAAACAGAACUAGUUUCAAGUGUAGUUCAAUCAGAUGGAGUCAUAUUAGAGUGUUAUGAAUCCACAAUCUAUUUUGCUGAAUCUAAACCUACUUUAACAACUAACAAUGUCUUCCCAAGCUCAAUAUUAUAUGAUAAUAUUUACUUGUAAACUGUUAAAAUAGAUCCAUCAUCAAAUAUUCACAAUCUUAUUUAAAAGUAAGGAUCCUUUACUAUUCCUAAACCACCACCUCUUCCAAAAAAGAAGGAUGUUAUUGAUGGUAUAGAUUUUGGAACUGAUGUUAAACAAACUGCUGAAUAAAGUAAAUCAGAAUAAGAAUCUAUGAUGUAAUUAUCUCAGUUCUCAAUGGAAUUGGAACAAAUCCCAGAGUUAAAUAAAUAGAGUGAUGCUCAUAAAACAAUACCUCUUGUGUAAGUAAAGAUUGUAUUACUUUUAGCUAAUUUGAAGAGACUCCCCAAUAAUUAAUACAUUGUGAUGUUGAUAUUUAAAUGGCACCUAUGUUGAAAAGAUUCAUGCUAAAUAAUACUACAAAUCAAACCUUACACAUAACUUAUUAAAUUACUCUUGAUCCAGAUAUAAUGGUCAAUUUUAAGUAUUUCUAAUCCAAAAAAUAAUAUUAGACAUCCAGCUAAAAUUUGUAAGGUUGUUCCACCUCGUUCUAGUGUUUAUUUGGCUACAAUUAUGAAGACUAUUCCUUCUAUGGAUUGGGGAUUGUUCAUUGAAACCAUGAACAUUAAUUUUAAUGAAUAAAAUAACACUGCUCCAUAAUAAUAGGCAAAAAAAUAGUAUUAUUUUAUAUUAAUUUUAGAGUGAGAAUUGAUGAAGAAGUAUAAGUCUUCAUGCCUAAUCUUAAACCAGAAACAGGAACAAAAAUGGAUGAUCAAAUGUAAUGUCCAGUUUGUACAUUCUUACAAUCAAAUUCAAACCACUUUUGUGAAAUGUGUACUUUUGAAUUUAAGUGA